GCUAUCCCGGCAGAGGGUCUCAUUCAUGCUCUAACACAGCGGCACACUGCGAGCUCACCGGCCCCUCGGAUCAACUGUUUUGGAUCCGACCCGGCCUCCUGAGAAAGGAACACUUCCCCUCACACAUUCAGAUAUUUAAGAUUUGAUUCUGAGGCGGAUUCUCGCUGAACUGUAUGCAGAGUUGAUCCCCCCCACCCAGCAGGUCAACCUUUACGCUCGAGCUGACGCUGGAGAUCUGCGCUUGGACAAUGCUUGCAAUAAGUGUUGGAGUACAUCUGUCAUCACCGUUUCAGCUUUGAAAGAAAGUACGAGUGGAUUUUAACGGAGAAGUCCUCGGAAGCAUCACACAGCGUCGGGGUUUUUUCUUUCUUUCAAUCUGUGAAAGCUGCGGAGGAGAGCAGCGCUCCGGGGUGGACCUUCUGUUGUUUUGCAAACUCAGUACUCAGUUGGUUUUUUUUAAUCUCCAAAGUUCAGAAAAGUGCACCGACACGAGCAAGGACGGGGGCUUAAAUGUUCGGGAUCCAGGAGCAUCUGAUACGAGAAGUGAGCGGAUUAAAGGAGAGGAGUCUUGGAGAGGAGAUGGAUCCAGUCCGGUCCUGGGUGCGUAAUGUCGGCGUCGUGGAUGCGAACGUAGCGGCGCAAAGUGGAGUCGCUCUGUCCAGAGCUCACUUUGAGAAGCAGCCGCCUUCAAACCUCCGCAAGUCCAACUUCUUCCACUUUGUGCUGGCUCUUUACGACCGCCACGGGCAGCCUGUGGAGGUGGAGAGGACGUCCUUUGUCGACUUUGUGGAGCAUGACAAGGAGCAGACGGGAGAAAAGACGAACAACGGCACGCACUACAAGCUGCAGCUCCUCUACAGCAACGGGGUUCGCACAGAGCAGGAUCUUUAUGCACGACUUAUCGACUCCGUCACCAAACAGCCAAUAGCGUAUGAGGGACAAAACAAGAAUCCGGAAAUGUGCAGAGUCCUGCUCACACACGAGGUUAUGUGCAGCCGCUGUUGUGAGAAGAAAAGUUGCGGCAACCGAAACGAGACGCCGUCUGACCCCGUCAUCAUCGACAGGUUUUUCUUGAAGUUUUUCCUGAAGUGUAACCAGAACUGUCUGAAGACGGCGGGAAACCCGAGGGAUAUGAGGAGAUUCCAGGUGGUCCUCUCCAGCACUGUGAGCGUGGACGGCCACGUCCUCGCCGUGUCCGACAACAUGUUCGUCCACAACAACUCCAAACACGGCCGCAGGGCUCGCCGCCUGGAGCCGGGAGAGUCUGCGGAGAACACCAUGGAGUAUGCGACCCCGUGCAUCAAAGCCAUCAGCCCCAGUGAGGGCUGGACCACCGGCGGGGCCAUGGUCAUCGUCAUCGGGGAGAAUUUCUUUGACGGGCUGCAGGUGGUGUUUGGCAGCAUGCUGGUGUGGAGUGAGCUGAUCACACCGCACGCUAUCCGUGUGCAGACACCUCCUCGACACAUCCCCGGGGUGGUGGAGGUCACACUGUCUUAUAAAUCUAAACAAUUCUGCAAGGGAGCGCCAGGACGCUUUAUCUACACAGCACUAAAUGAGCCCACUAUAGAUUACGGUUUCCAGCGCCUUCAAAAGGUCAUUCCCCGGCAUCCUGGUGACCCAGAAAAACUCGCCAAGGAGAUCCUCCUGAAGAGAGCAGCAGAUCUAGUCGAGGCUCUGUACGGAAACCCGCACAGUAAUCAGGACAUGCUGCUGAAGCGUGCAGCCGACAUUGCUGAGGCUCUCUACAGCGUUCCUCGUCCUCACAGCCAGCUGCAGGCGCUGCCCAGCUCACCGGCACACGGCAGCGUCAUGGGCCUGGGCUCCUAUCCUUCUCAGUUAGGCGUCAGCCUCGGAGACCCCGGACAGAGCAGCCAGGGUUACAUUAGAAAUUCCAGCAGUUUGUCUCCAAGGGGUUACCCAUCAGCCUCCACUCCUCAGCAUUCGAGCUAUGGGGGCAGUGGAGGGAUGACUGGAGGCUAUGGAACGGUUCCCAUGACCAGCCUGGGAGUACCUGGCUCUCCUGGUUUCAGCAGUGCCUCCCCCACGGGCUCUCCCUACAUUAUGCCCUCCAGCCCCACCAUACCAGGCAGCUCCAGCUCUUCUUCGUCUCUCUUGCCUUUCUCCUCCUUCCCGUCUGCCGCCAAACAGAAGAGUGCUUUUGCUCCGGUGCUCAGGCCCCAGGGCUCCCCCUCCCCUGCCUGCCCCGCCUCAGGGGGGAACAGCUUCAGAGCGAUGACGGGCCUGGUUGUUCACCCGAUGUAGCAAAGCACCCGCCCCAGUCUACCCCCCCCCCCCCCGACCACUGCUACACUUAGCCCCUCUGUUGGCAUUAAGAGGGCAGGGAGGAUGGAAAAUUGAUCUCUAGCAGCCAUGUUUGAACUUCCUUCCUGAGCACACCCACUUGGCCAUUUCUUAGCCCCUAUUUUUAUGCAGGUGGAUGAACAGGACGGGGUUUAAAAAUGUCCAAAGACCAGAGGCAGGGCAGGAAACUCCCCCCCCCCACAACUACAGACAGACAGCUCCUUAGCUGACAGCACCUGACUGGCUCGUGUAUGACUGUGUUUGUCAUCACGUGUCUGCAUUUUUAAAAGGAAGCAAAGAACAUUUUCAGUGGGGGAGCGUCGACGCAUCUCUGGCAUACAUCACAUGCAGUAUAUGGAUCUUCAAAAAUCUGCCCAAACUUCGACCAGAGACGCACCAGAGAGCAUUUCAAAAUCGCCGGAUGAAGGAGAACUCUGAUCAAAUGUCGCAGCUCUGACAAGCGGGUGCUAUUUGUCUGUGUAUGGACACCUUAAAUGGCAUGUGUGUUCACUGUCUGUGAGUUAGCGAGAGCCUUUUUUUGUAGUAGACUUUUGAAGACAAUUUACAUUCCAGAAAAAUAGACCCUUUAUUUUUUGUUCUGAUCUCUACAGUUUUACAAGGGAGAAACUCUUUGUCUCAAGGGUUAUUACUAAAGGAAUUCAUAUAUUGAUUUAUUUAAGAACAACAAUUUAACUUAUUAUAGUUAGUUUAGGGAAUAAUAUAAACGUGUUUUUAUAAAGUGGUCCUUUUCAAACUGUGGCUGAAUGAAGUUAUCUCAACGAUUGCUAAUUAAUUUGCUAAAUGUUCACAGGGAUUUGCUUUUUUUGUCAGAGAGGAUCGACUCUGAUGCACUACUUCGGAAUAAAAACAACCAGUUUUCAGGUUCUUGCAUAAAGGAUGUUAGUUAGCCUUAUCUUUUUUUUUUACUUUCACUUUUAAUGCAUGCUUUGUCACAACAACGUCCUGAUAUUAUUUCAUUCCACAUUGCUUAUGUUGCAUUUAUAUGACCCUGAAAAAAAAAAAAAGAUUCUGCAGUUAAAUGUCCCAACAAAGCACAGGUCUCCAGUCACUAUGCAGUACAGUAAAUGAAAGCACAAGCUGCAGCAGAACAGAAAAGAAAAGACGUACCACAUCGUGCUGUUCGUCCUCACUGAUUUCUCUCAUCGCGACACAAACUUCAUUCUCAGGAUGUGCAAACAAAGAACACGCAGAGUAGCUGACAUUUCGCAAAAAUUUUGUUUCUAGAGUUUGGUUUAUUUUAUUUAUUUAAAAACUUAUUACCAAUUUUUAAUAUUAUGUUUUUGAAGCCAUCUUUUUUUUUCUUAAUUUUUUUUUUUUUUUAAACGGUACAAAAAUAAAAAAUUUGUGCAAAUGUGAUUUGUAUAUCUUAAGGUGUAAUUAUAUUUUGUGCUCCAAAUAAAACAAAUGAGGAAAAAAGUCACUCAUGCUUGUCUGAG